ACGCGGGGAAAGGAGAAAACGUGAAAAUGGCUUCUCCGAAAACUGUUCCUAAAGAUGCACAGGUUAUGAUCCAAAUCCUCAAAGACAUGGGAAUAACUGAGUAUGAGCCAAGAGUGAUUAAUCAAAUGCUGGAAUUUACUUACAGAUAUGUUACAACAAUUAUUGAGGAUGCCAAAAUCUAUGCAACGCAUGCCAAAAAGAACAAUGUGGAUGCAGAUGACAUAAGGCUGGCGAUUCAGUGUCGAAUGGACCAGUCCUUCACCUCCCCACCACCAAGAGAUUUCCUUCUGGAGGUAGCUAGGCAGAAGAACCAGACCCCUCUGCCCUUGAUUAAGCCAUACACUGGGCCCCGCCUGCCCCCAGACCGAUACUGUCUGACCGCUCCUAACUACAGACUCAAGUCUAUACAGAAAAAGGUUUCUUCAUCUGCGGGUAGAAUUACAGUGCCUCGUCUCAGUGUAGGGGCUGUUUCCAGCAGGCCCAGCACACCUACCCUUGGCACUCCCUCAAUGCAGUCAGUCACGACCAAAGUGGGAACGCCGGUGUCGCUGUCGGGGCAGCGCUUCACUGUUCAGAUCCCAUCCUCGCAGACUGCAGCUUCCAAGUCCUCCACACCAUCCACCCCAACAGUUCAAAACGUCCACAUCAACCCCUCCCUGAUCGGCUCCAAGAACAUUCUCAUCACCACCAACAUGGUGUCACAGAACCUGGCCAAUGACUCAUUGAAGAGGAAGCACGAAGACGAUGACGACUAUGAUGCAUUAUGACCUCAUAGAUUAUUUCAUAAAGGAGCAGGAGCUCGCUAGGUGAAAUCAAGAGUGUGCUGUAAAUAUAUAAUUAGUUUUGAGGUUAGCCAGCUAGCCAAUACUUCCCCAUCACCUUGUGGAAAUGAGUAACUAGUGUGUCAUAUCUGUUUGCCAAUAAUUUUUGUAUAUACAAAAUAAAAGAUAUUUGUGAC